GCCAUGUCUGACCGUAAAGCCGAAUUGUCCCAACUCAUCGAAGCUCAGGGCAACAAAGUGCGCUCUCUCAAGUCCCAAAAGGCCGAAAAGGCUGCAAUCGAUGCUGAAGUUGCUGUCCUCAAAGGCCUUAAGCAAGAAUUAGCUAUCCUUGAAGGUGUUGCUGGUGGCGACAAGGCUAAGAAAGUUGCCAAGAGUGCAUUCACUCUCAAGACUGCCAAGGGUACUAAAGAUUACAAUGACAAAGACAUGGCAAUUCGCGAAAAAGUGUUCUCGACCAUUACCUCUGUAUUCAAAAAGCACGGUGCUGUCACAAUUGAUACACCCGUGUUCGAACUCAAGGAAAUUCUUUCUGGCAAGUAUGGAGAGGACAGCAAAUUGAUUUAUGAUUUGGCAGAUCAGGGUGGUGAAGAGUGCUCUUUGCGUUAUGACUUGACCGUUCCUUUUGCCAGAUUCUUGGCUAUGAAUGGUAAAGAAUACCAGAACUUCAAGCGUUACCACAUUGCCAAGGUCUAUCGUCGCGAUCAGCCUGCCAUGACCAAGGGCCGUAUGAGAGAAUUCUACCAGUGCGAUUUCGAUAUUGCUGGUACUUACGAUGCCAUGAUUCCCGAUGCUGAGAUUCUCCGCAUCCUUUGCGAAGCUCUGACAAACUUGGAUAUCGGAAAGUUCACUGUUAAGCUCAACCAUCGCAAAAUUCUCGAUGGUAUUUUCCAGGUUUGCGGUGUACCUGAAGAUAACAUUCGUCCCAUUUCAUCUGCUGUUGAUAAGCUUGACAAGCUCCCCUGGGCCGAUGUUAAGAAGGAGAUGACCGAAGAAAAGGGUCUGGCACCCGAGGUCGCUGACAAGAUUGGAGAGUACGUGAAGCUCAAGGGUGGUCGUGACUUGUUGGAACGUUUGUUAGCCGACGAGAACUUGACCAAGAACACAAGUGCCUUGGCAGGUCUCCAGGAUAUGGAGCUUCUUUUCGAUUAUCUUGAUGCCUUUGAAAUCACUGAAAAGAUGUCCUUUGACUUGAGUUUGGCUCGUGGUCUUGAUUACUACACUGGUAUCAUUUACGAAGCUGUCACUGAAAAGUCUGCUCCUCCCAAGCCUGUUGAGGGUGCUGUUGCCAAGCCAAAGAAAUCUACUGAUGAGUUCGACGAGUCUACUGUCGGUGUUGGAUCAGUUGCUGCUGGUGGUCGUUACGAUAACUUGGUUGGUAUGUUCUCCGGCUUGAACAAGAAGGGUGAGCCCAACCUGAAGAUCCCCUGUGUUGGUGUAUCUAUUGGUGUUGAACGUGUAUUCUCAAUCCUCAUGGCUAAGCAAAAGCCUGAGGCUAUUAAGAGUAACGAGACCGAGGUUUAUGUGAUCGCUGUCGGCGACGGUCUGUUGACUGAGCGCAUGCAGAUCGCCUCUGAUCUCUGGAAGGCCGAUGUUAAGGCCGCCUUCUUGUUCAAAAAGAAGCCUAAGCUUGAUAAGCAAUGGGCCGCGUGUGAAAAAGAUCAGAUUCCAUUUGCCGUUAUCAUUGGCAGAGAUGAACUUGAUCGCGGUGAGAUUAGAAUUAAGGACAUGCGUUCCAAGGAUGAAUCCCAAGGUGGUGGUGUGACAUACAAGCGCGACGAUAUGGUCAAGAUCCUGAAGGAAAAGAUUGCCCAGCUCUAAUUGAUAAAAUAACAAGCAAUCAAGCAAGCAAAAGGGAUAAAGAUAUAUCUAUAUAAAUAUAUACAUAUAAAAAUGGCAAACUAAUCAAGAUUAUCCAUAAGGAAGAGCUGUUUUUUUCUUCUUCCUCCUUCCUAUUAUCUGAACCAUCUGCAAUAUACAAUACAUUAUAUAUAUAAAAAAAUGUACAGAAAUAUAUAUAUAAAUAGGUACAAAUU